AUGGAUCAAAACAGCAUUGAGCUCGAGAACACUGGCUUGGCGCCGUCGAGACCCUCUGGGAUUACCGAGCAAGAAACAAUCUCAUUGCCUCCAGUGGACGGUGGGAAAGCUGCAUGGCUAUUUCUUGCUGGUGCCUUCACCGUCGAAGCACUGGUCUGGGGCUUUCCUUUCGCAUUCGGGGUGUUCCAGGAGUACUACAGCUCCCACGAGCCAUUCGCAGGUUCACCCAAUGUGGCUGUCAUAGGAACCUGCGCAAUGGGAAUCAUGUACUUGGCUUGUCCGCUCACGUUUGCCAUGAUGCAAUGGUGGCCUAUUACACAGCGGCCGGCUUUGGGUGCAGGACUCAUCACCAUGUGUCUGGCGCUUUCGAUGUCUUCGUUUUCGACGACGGUCGGACAUCUGAUCUUGACGCAAGGCGUUCUGUACGCUAUAGGUGGGAGUCUGGUAUACUGUCCUACGGUGAUCUAUGUGGACCAGUGGUUCGUGAAGAGGAAGGGUUUCGCCUUUGGGAUUAUGUGGGCCGGUACCGGUCUUGCAGGCUUCAUCCUGCCACUGGUCAUGGAGUGGCUUCUCCACGACUACGGCUACAAGACAACGCUUCGGGUCUGGGCGGUUGCACUUUUCGUCCUGACUGCGCCACUGCUCUACUUCGUCAGGCCCCGGCUUCCGUUGAAUCGGACCUCCGCACCACGCCGCUUUGACCUGAGCUUCCUCACUUCUAAAACCUUCAACAUCCUUCAAGCCGGUAAUAUUAUCGAAAGCCUCGGCUACUUCCUGCCGACCAUCUACUUGCCUAUGUACGCCCGCUCGAUGGGCGCUUCCAGCCUGAUGAGCGCCUUAACAGUCAUCUUGUUCAACGUCGCCUCCGUUUUUGGGUGUGUAGCUAUGGGCUCUAUGGUUGACAGAUUUCACGUUACGACCUGCAUCAUGGUCUCCACGAUCGGCUCCACCAUAGGCGUGUUUGUCUUCUGGGGCUUGUCUGCGUCAUUGCCGCUGCUGUAUACCUUCUGUGUAAUCUACGGGCUUUUUGCGGGUAGCUACACCAGUGCUUGGCCGGGUAUUACUCGGUACGUGCAGAAAGAAAAGGCUGGUAUCGAGACAAGCAUGGUUUUCGCUUGGCUGGCGGCUGGACGAGGUAUUGGGAACGUCGUUUCGGGGCCUCUGAGCGAAGCUCUCCUCAAGGGAGAGCCAUGGCGCGGGGAAGCUGCUCUAGGGUACGGAAGCGGGUACGGAGGUCUAAUUGUGUUUACCGGUAUCACAGCGGCCUUGGGAGGAUUGAGCUUCAUAACUCGAAGAGUCGGGUGGCUGUAA